AUGGACGAGGACAGAGAGAUAUGUCUGGCCGCGCGUCACCCGACGAUACACAAUUCCGUGGAGAUAUUCGCGGCGGUGACUGGCAGAUCACCGAAGGACCUGGAGGAACACGGCAUGGCACCCUCGGAGUACAUGAAGCAGAUGCUGAUGAGCGCUCAAGAGAGACUCGACUAUCUGGCGAAACCGGGUCGCGGUGUGAGCAUGCGGGCUCUACGCGGUGCUGCCGAAAGCCGCCACUUCAAGGUUACACCCUGCAUUGUCCUCUUCCAACGAUUCGCCCCCGGCGACGUGUACACCACGACGUUAACAAUACGUAACGUGUCAAAGGUUUCGCGUCGCUUGAGGAUCUCUCGUGACCCCGAUCCCUUUUUCGCCGUGGAAUAUCACGGUUUGAAUUAUAGCAACGUCGUGGCGCCCGGACUCAUCCACGCUUAUAACGUCAGCUUCAGCCCGGCCGAGAGCCGAGAUUACGAAUAUCGCGUCGAGUUCGUCGUCGACGGUGAUGGCGACCGGGAUGACGACGACGACGACGUCCUCGCGGUGCCGGUAAUCGCCAUCGGUCCGAGGUCCGUUCUCGAUAUUCCUGAUCAGAUCGAAAUACCGACCACCGCGGUGAAGAUCUCCUCCUCGAGGACGAUCGUAGUACGCAACGUGGGGGACGCGCCGGCGACUUUCAAUUUCUAUUCGGACCAAGGCGUACUAGGGGAAGAAGAGACGAUGCAGUUCACCGCGAGCUUCUUGUCCGAGAAAUCCGGCGAUUUUAAAGCGAAUCUUUUCCUCAGUUAUGAAUCCGAACUUGACCUUCGGCAAGUCUCAGAAGACACAUUCUUUCUACUGGAUACAAAAUGCCUUGCAACAGCCAUCGAGGACAAGUGUCGCAAGCUUCAAUCAGCUGACUACAGAUCGUCGGCAGGGGAGAAGCUUUGCCUGUCGCUGCAGAGUUCGUCGGCGAACUGCACGAUACGCAUCGACAGGAGCAGUGUCCGAAUGGAAGACACUUAUCUGGGCCUGUCCAGGAGCAAGGUCCUCACAAUCCACAAUAGGAGCGACCACACAGUCAAAUUCCAAUGGAUGUGCUUCAAGGACAAGAGCAGCGACGUAGAGCGAAAGGACGAGUACGGAAGACUGUUUCAGCUGGUGCGCGAUACGGAGGUGGCACGUCGCGUCGACCUCGUUCAUUACAAUGUUUGCCUGCCAGAUACUCACGAGCUCAUCUGCCAGAGGAUUUACGUGGACGAGAUCGCUUCGUUGAUGAACGAGGACUUCCGCUACAACCAUGCAUCCUUCCUCCUUACACCCGAGCAAGGCGAAAUUUGGCCGCACUCGUGCGCCGAUGUUACGGUGAUUUUUCGGGCCACGAAGGUGGGCGAGAUAUCGAGCGUCGCUUAUCUCGAAGUUACGGGCCGCGAGGACAGGAUAUCGCUGAGCCUUCACGGGGUCGGCAAGGGACCGCUUCUCCGUCUCAAUGUCAUCACGAUGGACCUGAAGAACAUCUACUUGUGCUCCGUGCACAAUUACGAGAUCGUGGCAGCAAAUAAAGGUCAUAUCAACGGCACGUUGAUUCACAAAGCGAGACCGACAGAUUUCGGCGGCACCGUCACCGUCAGCCCGCUCUGUCUUAUCUUGGAACCGAACGAGUACAAGUCCUUCAAUUUGUCGUUCUCCUCGAACCGGAAAGGAGACUUCAUGGAGCGAGUCGACUUUGUCGUCGAGGAGAGUUCCGAAGUGUUGUCCUUGCACAUCAAGGGAUGUGUCGUAUGCCCAACGUUGCAUUUCGAUAAGAGCAGCCUCGACUUCGGCGUAGUCGGGUUAGGGUUUAGCAAAAGGCAGGAGGUACAUCUUCGUAACUUGUCUUUGGUGGCGGUCUCGUUCGGCGCGACCAUAAUGGACGACGGUGACCAGGCACCGUUGACUCACGAAGAGUUCGCCAGAUCCGAUGCCCGGGCGAGCUUCCCGGCGAAUCCUCGCGAGUUCGUCGUCAUCCCGCACAAGGGAGUGGUGCAGGCGUACAGCUCGCUUAAGUUGAAGGUGAUGUAUACAGCAAACGUGGUACGAAGCGGACAAUCGACCGUUCGCGUCGACAUGUGGGACUCCGAGUCGGAUCCAGUUUUACUGCCGAUUUCAUUUUGCGGCGCCAUUCCUACCUUGUCGAUCACGCCAGCGGAGAUUCCCAUACGAUUCUCUUUCCUCAACUUCCCGUAUUUGCGUUCUAUUAAUGUGGAAAACAAUUCUGAUCUGGACGGAUAUUUUUACAUAGUACCGCAGGCGGUAGGACGCGCUGAACCAAUUUCACAAAAUAGUUAA